CUCUCGUCAUCCGGCCGGCGGGCAGGGAGCCUCAUCUGUCGGUAGCCGGGGCAGCAGCAGCAGCAUCUUCACUCUGAACUGUCCGCACAAGCGGAGGGACAGGAAACUUAAAACGCGGCGUAUGUGGAGAACAGACUGAGCUAAGUGCGCUCUGCUCGUCUGGAGGUUUUUCUUCUCUUCUUUGUUCUUUAACGCUCCGUUUGUGACGGUAGCGACUUGUUUCGGCUGCUGUCUUCGCACUCUGCCCCGGAUAAAUGUUUGAUGGAGCUCCGUGUCUUUCCCCGGUGCGGUGAAUGAAACAAAGAGGAUGGACGCAGUCCUGGGGAAACGUUAACGCGGGUUGUUCCCGGAUUGAGAGAAAGUAUCAACUUUGAGGUGGAGGUCAUUAAAGCCUGAACCUUCAGCUGGCUACCGGAUAAUUUGAGCUGCACUGCCAAGGUGGAGAUGAUGAUGAGGAGUAUGAAUUAAAUUAGCCCUUGUUAAUUCCGUCCUAAGAUGAGCCAGGGGGCAAACCUCGUCCUCCAGUGGCUCUCGAAGCUCCACCUGGCCCAGUACGUCGAGUCUUUCCUUGACAACGGCUACGACGACCUAGAAGUCUGCAAGCAGAUCGGAGAGCCGGAUCUGGACGCGAUCGGCGUCCAAGUCCAGUACCACAGGCACCGACUCCUCACAGCCGUGCAGGAACUCGUAGAGGAGGACAGAAGGAGAGCACCUGGCUACUAUUUCACCUUGGAGCCUCUGGAGGCUUCUGCUUGUCACCACUCCCAAAGAGUGCGUGACCCAGGGUCACUGGGGUCACACGUGCAGCCCACAGCCGUACACCAGGCCUCCUGUCCCGGAAACCACAACCCGAGAUUCACAGACUGCAACGACUUUGUGACUUACCCCAAGCUGAAGCUGAAGGUGCUGAUAAGAGACAAGCUGGCAAAAGAUGGAAUCAACCUGGGACAAGCACCUUACACCCACAAGGAUGGCUCUGUGGGGAACCUUGAUGACCUGGCCCAGGAGUACUCGCAGUACUACGGCACUUCCCUCAGCGACGUGUGCGAACGGAUGGAGGAGCUUCGGAAACGCAAAUUAGUGCAAGAGAUGGAGAUGGGAAAGGUUGACUCAGCGGCCGCAUCGCCACACCUCCGCUCUCAGAUCCAGGAAUCUCUUGGACUCAGCAGCAGCACAUCGACUCCAGAGACUGAGAAAAGGUUUCCUGUCCACAAAUCCAGCUCGGACGAUGGAUCAGGAGGAAAAUGGGAUGCGAGGAAAAAGAGCAAGUCUUUAUGGCAGAGUUUCCGCAAGUCACAGAAGGGAGUGAUGCGCCAGACUUCAAAAGGCGAUGAUGUUGGGUUCGUUGCCAGCGAGAUCACGAUGAGCGACGAAGAACGUAUUCAGCUGAUGAUGAUGGUGAAGGAGAAUAUGAUCUCGAUAGAGGAAGCCCUCGCACGGCUGAAGGAGUUUGAGACCCAGAGCAGACAGACGAGCCAGUGCGAGUCCCCGGACCCCUCGGGGCCCGGCACAAACGACUCGUUCAGCUGCACCCCUGUUGAGCAGUCGGACAACGAAGAGGAAUCUCCGGCGUUCAAAAGGCUCCACAAACUGGUCAACUCCACUCGAAAAGUGAAGAAGAAGCUGAUCAGAAUAGAUGAGUCCAAAAGGCCCGCAGCGGACGAGAGCCUGAGCGUAGAUGGUCUGCCCUGUGGCGAUGGCAGCGUCUCCCAGCAUUCAGGUGUGCAGAGGAAGCCCUUGGUUUGUCCCCUGGACUCCUUGGCUUCGGCUCUGCAGAAGCAGCUUGACUCCGACAGCCUGACCACGUCCCCGUCCUCCAGCAGCCUGGACACGUGCAGCAGCCAGAAGGUAGCGCAGAGCUAUGGGAAGUGCAGCGGGAGCCCCGCUCACCAGGAGGCCGGUGUGGCGGAGGACGUGAGGGAGGCCGGCGAGGGCUCCUCCUUCUCUGAAACGGAGGGGUGCAGCGAAGAGGAGCCCAAAAUGGCGCGAUCGGUGACCGACGGAGAGCUCCGUCAUCGGACUCUGGGCUCGCUUGGCCAUCAUGGAAGAGCUUGCAGCUUUGGAGGAUUUGACCUGACCAGUCGCUCCGUUCAAACGGUCACUUCUGACGUCGACAGCACUACAAAAGAUGGAGAGAGUGGCUUGAGAGGCGAAGUCAAGUCUCCUUCACUGUCACGGAUUUCUCUGGGUAAAAAAGUCAAGUCAGUGAGGGAAACCAUGAGAAAACACAUAUCCAAGAGAUACCAUUGUUCUCUCUCUGAGCAGUCGAGUCCGGACCGAGUAGCCAGCUGCCCCCACUCGCCUCAGACCGACUCGGACUCUUUGGAGAAACCCAAACUGAAGCCAGGAGGCUCCGUGGAGAGCCUGAGGAGCUCCCUCAGCGGCCAGAGCUCCAUGAGCGGCCAGACGGUCGGCACCACCGACUCGUCCAACAGCAACAGAGAAAGUGUGAAGUCGGAGGAAGGAGAAGAAGACGAGCUGCCUUACCGUGGACCUUUCUGCGGACGUGCGCUGGUUCACACCGACUUCAUCCCGAGUCCCUACGACACGGACUCCCUGAAACUGAAGUGUGGAGACGUGAUCGACAUCAUCAGUAAGCCUCCGAUGGGCACCUGGAUGGGAAUGCUCAACGGGAAAGUCGGCACCUUCAAGUUCAUCUACGUGGAUGUUCUGAACAAGGAGGUGAAGCCCAAGAAGACGCGCAGGAGGAGAAAGGCCCGGCAUCCCAAACCCACAUCCGUGGAGGAGCUGCUGGAGCGCAUUAAUCUGAAGGAGCAUCUCCCCACCUUCCUGUUUAACGGCUACGAGGAUCUGGACACGUUCCAGCUGCUGGAGGAGGAGGACCUGGACGAGCUGAACAUCACAGACCCCCAACACAGAGCGGUGCUGCUCACUGCCGUGGAGCUGCUGCAGGAGUACGAAGGAAGCAGCGACCCCGAGCGGAGCGCCCAGUCCGGACCAUCCCAGGAGAAGCUGCUCCUGGACCGGCGCGGCGCCCUGGGUGACUCGCCGCGGGACUCUGGCUGCUACGAGAGCAACGAGAACCUGGAGAACGGACGGCUCAGAAAGUCUGCCGCAUCCAUCAACAGGUCGCCGUCUGGAUUUGACACCAGUCACAUCUCGCCCCCCGAUUCCAUCCUAGUCUCCCCUUCCCUGUCUCCUCUCCAAACCAAAGCUUUGCUGCCCUCCGUUCGACCGCCUGUCAGACGCCAGACGAACUGCUUCGGCCUCCUGAACUCUAGAAGUCACAGCUGCACAGAGCUUAGAAGAAACUCGGCACCCGUUCAGUUGCGACGCUGCGUCUCCCUAAGAGCUCUCCAGAAAGAUCUAGAGAGGAAACCCCCCAACCCUGAAGACUGGGAUCUGACGGCCGCCAACCCCGCCCGGCCCCCACAGCGCACCGCAGACCCUCUGCCUGCGUGCAGAGAGUCUAACUCGGACGAACGUCAUGAGUCGGCCCCUAAACAGGAAGAAAAAACGGGGAGCAGCAUUCAGUUUCACCAAGCUCCAGAGAAGUUCAGUCAGCCAGAAUCAUUCAGAGACUUCCUCCCAACAGAAACCGCCUGCAGGCGCGGAUGCACCGAUCAGAUCUCCGUUUCUGCCGCUUCGGAAGCUCGACGCCUGAAAAUGAAAAGAAAUGCAAAGAUUUCCACGCAUUCAGUAAAUUAGGAGCUUAAAGUGGGAGAAAAAAAAUAUUCCAGUUCCAAAGAGUUUUCCUAAAACUGGAACCAGUUUGUGCUAAUGCUGAGAUUUCAGAUGUGCAAUAAGAAAACUUUUAUUUUUAGUUUUAUUUUUUUGGCUUUACUGCAGCUGCGUCUGGACGUGGCUUUUCUUUGAUCGUUUAGGAAAAUGGAAUCAGAGUCCAGCUGCAGCUCAGCAGCAUUUCAUCUGAGCAAAACCUUCGGUAUCAUUGCACCUAAAUCCAUCCUGUCUGACACAAGCUUCAAACUUAGAGAACGCUUGUUGUAUUCAUGUAAAUGUAUCUUCCCAGAUGAGAUGAAUGAAAUGUUUACAGUGUGUCCUUGUGCAUGAAUGUUUUAUAAGAAAUUAAUGAUCCUCACAGAUUUCAGAUGUUCGCUGUAGCAUCACAUGACUCAUUUCCUGUCUGUUUGCCACAAUUAGUGUUUUAUUGUAAAUGGCCUGAUUAACUUCAUGGCGAAAUUAACGUCAUUAAUUUAAUUAAUAAAGUUUGCUUUAUUAAAUAUGUGCUAUAUAAAAGCACAAGCACG